AAAAAAAAAAAAACCCCAGAUAGAGAAAGAGGGGGAGUCUGAACUCUGAAGGGCCGGAGCACGGGAAGAAAAUUCCAGACAGAAAAUUCCCGUACGGGACGGGUAGGCAAAGCAUAGAGCUACUUCACACACAAAGCAGCCUUUUUUCUCUGUUGAACUUUCAUCCUUUGUCUCUCUCUUUUAUAUCGACAAAACCCAGUCAGUGCCAGAUUUCCAUCAGAAUUUACAAAUUCCAGGUCCAAGUCUCUAUACUUAGAUGAGAUUGAAAUGGGUCUAUUUUUAGGUUUUGGAGAAGUGGGUACUUCUAGGUUUGGAGGUUAAGGUUACGAGACUUUGAAAUUUUCGUUCUUUUAGUUCAGAGGACCUGUUGUAAUGGAAUCUGGGUCAGGUUUCAACUAUGUUCCUCCUUCAACCUCUUUUGAUAAGUCCAGAGUUUUGGAUGUGAAGCCUCUGCGUAGUUUAAAACCAGUUUUCCCAAGUGGAUCUGAAGCUCCCCCAUUCGUGUGCGCCCCACCCAAUGGCCCUUUCCCUCAUGGAUUUAUGCCGUUUUACCCCUUCAGUGUGCCACAAGGAUCUCAAGCCUCACCUGAUCUUAACCACCAGAACCCACAAUCAAUGCAGAUGCCAAUGGGUCCUGUACCGGCUCCCCUUCGUGCGUUUCGAAGUCCGCAAUCACAAGAAUAUUCGAGAGCAUUUAAUGGAGAUGCUGAUUCAUCAAUGGGGACAUUUAGGGAAGUUGAUGGGAAUGAAGAUGGUUAUUUUGUUGGUAAAAAACGAGCAGCUUCUCGCUUGCAAAAGAAGACAAGGAAAAAUCAGGAUGCUAAACCUUCCUUUUCCUUUGCGGCCAGAAAAGGGUCUGGUCCAGGUUUUGUUGUAGAUAUUAAUCAAGCAGAAAGGGAUGAUGGUAACAGGGAAGUGGUUAAUCUGGUGCUUAUGAGAUUUGAUGCACUUCGGAGAAGGCUCAGCCAACUUGAAGAUGCCAAGGAACUGGGCAAUGGGGUUAUCAGACGUGCGGAUUUAAAAGCUGCAAAUCUCUUGAUGAGCAAGGGGAUCCGGACGAACAUGAGGAGGAGGAUUGGAGCGCCGCCUGGGGUUGAAAUUGGGGAUAUCUUCUUUUUCCGUAUGGAAAUGUGUGUGGUGGGAUUACAUUCUCAGUCUAUGGGUGGCAUUGACUAUCUUAUUUUCAAGGACACAUUGGACCAAGAUCCAGUGGUUGUGUGCAUUGUUUCGUCUGCAGGAUAUGAUGAUGAUGUGGAGGAUACGGAUGUUCUGAUUUAUAGUGGUCAGGGUGGCAAUUUUGGUAAGAGGGACAAACAGGCAACUGAUCAGAAGCUUCAGAGGGGAAAUCUUGCUUUGGAGAGAAGCUUUCAGCGGGGUAAUGACAUCAGAGUCGUCCGGGGUAUCAAAGAUGCUUUUAAUCCAACAUCAAAGAUUUAUGUCUAUGAUGGGCUUUAUAAAAUUCAAGAGUCCUGGACUGAGAACAAAACUGGUUGCAAUAUAUUCAAGUACAAAUUUGUGAGAAUGCCAGGGCAGCCUGAUGCUUUUGCUAUUUGGAAAUCAAUUCAGAAGUGGAAGGAAGGCUUGUCUCCAAGGGUUGGACUUAUCCUUCCAGACCUCACCUCAGGGGCUGAAAGUAUACCUGUUUCACUUGUAAACGAUGUUGAUGAAGAAAAGGGCCCAGCUCAUUUCACUUAUUUUCCCACUGUCAAGUAUUCAAAAUCAUUCAAUUUAACACAGCCUUCUUUUGGCUGCAACUGCCAAAACGCUUGCCAACCAGGCGAUCCCAACUGCUCUUGCAUUCGGAAAAAUGAAGGCGAUUUUCCUUAUACUAACAAUGGGGUUCUUGUGGGCCGAAAGCCUUUGAUACAUGAAUGUGGUCCCACAUGUCCUUGCCUUCCUAACUGCAAAAACCGAGUAUCCCAGAAUGGUUUGAAAGUUCACUUGGAAGUAUUCAAAACAACAGAUAGGGGCUGGGGUCUACGGUCGUGGGACCCUAUUCGUGCAGGUACUUUUAUAUGUGAGUAUGCAGGUGAAGUUAUUGACAAAGUUAAGGGAAAGCAGGGUGGGGAGGAAGGUGAAAAUGAUGAGUAUGUUUUUGAUACAACUCGUUUUUAUAAUCCAUUCAAGUGGAAUUAUGAACCUGGCUUAUUGGAGGAGGAAUGUUCUAAUGAAUCUAAUGAGGUUUACAAAAUUCCAUCUCCCCUAAUCAUAAGUGCCAAGAAUAUGGGAAACGUAGCACGAUUUAUGAAUCAUAGUUGCUCACCAAAUGUUUUCUGGCAACCAGUUUUAUAUGAACACAAUAAUCAAUCCUUUCUUCAUAUUGCCUUUUUUGCAAUCAAACAUAUCCCGCCUAUGACAGAGUUGACUUAUGAUUAUGGGAUUGCCCGCUCUGAUGAGGUUGAGGGAAACAACGAACUCACUGGGAAAAAGAAAUGCUUAUGUGGAUCAUCAAGCUGCCGUGGUUAUUUUGGUUAAUGUUUUAAGUUUUGCAUACCAGCAGAAGUGCAUAGUGCUGGCAAACACUACCCUGUCUAAAAGCUUGUAUUUGUUCAUUAAUUUUGAAGUAUUGGGAACUCUAGGAUAAACACCAGGCCUUUUGGAAGCCAGUUCUGGUCAAAGUUAAUAUCCAGUGGCCAUACAUUUUCCACAAUCGGCAGCCUAGCUUGUUAGAUAUUUUGCUGUAAAGAUUUUACCUUGCCCCUUCUCUAGGAGUAGUGGUGCUUUGGUUUCCAAAUGUGUAUGACUGGAUAGUAAAGUUAUUUGGUUCUUGUAGUAGAAUGGUCAUCAUGGUUGUCAUCCUGAAAACUUUUGCAGCAGCUGCAGCAGUAGUAUUUGCUUUUGUAAUCAUGUUUUGGGACUCGUGACUGAGAAUGUAGAAAUAGUUGCUGGUCUAUCA